GACAGGUCAGGAGCCCCGCCCCUUCCGUUUCUCAGGCCUGACCUUCCUGCCGGUGGGCCGCUCGCUGAGCCGGCAUUGGCGCGUCCUCGUAGUUCGGCCCGACUCACCUUCUCUCGCGACACCAUGGUGGCGUACUGGCGACAGGCUGGACUCAGCUACAUCCGAUACUCCCAGAUCUGUGCAAAAGCAGUGAGAGAUGCGUUGAAGACAGAAUUCAAAGCAAAUGCUGAGAAGACUUCUGGAAGCAGCGUAAAAAUUGUGAAAGUGAAACAGGAAUAAUCUAGAGUUUGGUUCAUUUCACGUCUCCAGAGAUGUUGGCAACGCAGACUUACAGUCUAUGCAGUAAGACAGUUUUGUACAGUUUGUAAGGUGAGACUUUGUGCUCCAAACUACUAAAGUGAUUGGAUUUCUAAACCACUUUCUUGACAUUGUUACUUCAAAGAUAAGCAAGGCAAAUGACGAGAGAGAAAUGUUUUUCAGAUUUAAUUUUCUUGUUUUCCUUUUUAAAAAGCUUCAGACCCACAGUAGCAAAGAAAUGUGAUAAAUUUUAAUCCUUUGUCCGCUUGUGGUCAUAAGCAGUUUCACUUAUUGGAACUCUCUCCCCUAAGCACUU